AUGACAAAUCACAAUAGUAAUCAUAAGAAAGCAAUAGAAUUAAUUAAAAGUUUUAACCCUGUAAAAGAAUGUGACAUUGAAUCAGAUGAUACAUUUUCACUUUAUUACGAUUCUUCAAAUUUCACAGAAGACAAUGUUUUAUCAGAAACCAAUUUCUCUACAGAUGAAACUUUUAAAUCAACAUUAGUACAUGUAAGUGAAGAUUUUAGUUAUUUUGAUCCAUUACAAAAUAUAAAAGAUCAAUUAGAAUAUGAUUUAAAGAAAUAUAGAAAUAGAAAAUAA